CUCAGCUGUGAUAGUGAUCAUCUACCUUCUAUAUAACCCAGUCAGUAAUAAGUCUGUGGCAUCCGAAUUCGAGAUUCGUCUGAAGAUGAGGCUGCUCGUGGUGUUCCUCCUGAUGGCUUUGAUUGUUCUCCCAACGGAAGGAUUAUUCCGUCGUCGUCGCCGCCGCAGAUGGCUUCGUAUCAGAGGCGGAAAGGUUCUCACUGGAGUUGGCAUUGCUGCCAGACUGGGACUGAUAGGAAAAAGAGACAUACAAAAUGACCUUGCCUCUGCUGAUCUGAAUGAGGAUGGGAACAUUGACCAAUCAGAAGUGGAGAAUCUGUUCGACAAACGCGAUGCGGAACAGAUCCUGCAAAUGGUUGACAUGGACGGUGAUUCAGUCGUUAGUCACGACGAGUUCAUCCGAGGAGUGGAAGACCUUUUCUCUCAGGAUGCUGAGUAGAUACUUUCCAACCCAGCGCAUUAAGAUGAUAUGAUAACGUUAUCUUCUUAAUGCUUGAAAAUAAAUAAUUGCAGAAAAAAGUCGCUUUUAUGUUUUGUAUGUCGGUACAUUUAAACUAUAUAAUUAUACGUUCCACUCCUAUCUCUAUGAUUUUCCAAAUCCAAUAUGUACUUUCAAUUGUUUGUCGUGUUAGACCAGUACAGGACAUGUUUUCAGGACUGC